CGCGACCGAGCCUCAUCUUGAUCGCGCCAGCCUUGCAACAUCGAGUCCACCUGAAGUGCCGGAGGAAGGGUACAUCACGCUGGUUCGGCUUCUGUCAAGUCUGCAAUCUGCGUAGAGAAGCGCGCUAACCUGCAUCUCCUCAUACCCUCAAGCUACAAGUUGCUCCAAGAUGAGUUCGCGAUCGAAUUCGGAGGGAGAAGUAGUCGAACACGACAAGGCAACUACGGCACGGCCUCACUCCAGGAACACCAGCGUUGACCGUCAUCCCAGACCCCACGCAUCAGUUUCGACAUCCCCCAGGGCUUCGUAUGAGGAUGGCCCGCCACGUCACCGCUCCCGCUCUCCCUACAGGCGCCGCUCCCCUCGAGGGGAAAAGCGUCGCCGGGACGACGACUUUUACGGCGAUCGGGACCGACAUGACUCUCGACGAUUCAGAGCCCGUUACGAAGACAAGCGCCCGUACGCCGAUGACCGCCGAAGUCGAGUUUCCUAUGCCGACUUGGACCGCGGAGACAAUUCUAGAAACUCUUCCAGGUAUGACAAUGUCCAUGGUCGUGAGCGCGACUACGAACGCGAUCGCUACAGGGCGCGCUCUUCUCGAAGCCGCUCGCCACCGCGCGCAUACGCAAGACCGGGAGACGACAGAUCACGUCGCAACGGGAGACACGCUCCUGCCGACAGAGAAGAUCGGCACCAGCAAGGGCGCGACAAGGGUAUAGACAGACGCUCGAGAGGGCAUGGAGAGAGCUAUCGACCUGAUGCUGGGAAUGAACGUCGCAUGUCUGCGCAAGGAGCUGACACGCAUGGGGACGGUACGCAGCAGGAUACUGUGAUGAAGGACGCGCAAUCGGGAGCGGCAAGGCCUACGGAAGGACGAGAAGAUCAAGCUUUUGGCGAGACGGAGCCUGUCGACGAGGCGGCACUCAUUGAGGAACGUCGUAAGCGACGCGAAGCCAUCAAGGCCAAAUACAAGGGUCAAUCCACGCCGCUUCUCGUUCAAGCAUUGCAACUUGGAAGCGAUUCGGCACCAUCAACUCCUCGUGAUGAGGUUUCUAAUAUUCGCGAGGAACGCUCAGUUUCGCCCAUGGUGACUUCACCGAGUACGCCUCAGAAUGGUUCGGUUCCGGCUUCACCACCAGCUUUUGCUGUUCAGGACGAUGAGGAACUUGCGAACCGCAAGCGCGCUGAAGGCAUCGUUACAAAUGCAGAUGAACCCUCGGCAGCUGACUAUGACCCAACGGCAGACAUGCAAGAAGACAGAGUUCGGGUCGGGCAGCGCCACAGUCUCACAGAGCCAUCAGCAACGGAGGUCGAAUCGGACAAACAGCAUGCCCCUGUAUCCGAGUCUAAAGAGGAUGAGUCGGCUCCGGUGAAGAAGCCAAAAGAUGAGUUCGACAUGUUUGCCGAAGAUGACGAUGACGAUAUGUUUGCCCCAGAGCCUGCCACCAAGGUUACUGCCCCCGAGGGAUCUGGAACAUCCAAAGCCCCGCUGGUGAAGAAGUUGGACAGCAGUAUGCUCGAUGUCUGGGACGACCCUCAAGGCUACUAUAAAGUCAUCCUCAACGAGCUCCUCGAUGAUCGGUACGAGGUUCAGGCGCGCCUUGGCAAGGGUGUCUUUUCAGAAGUUGUUCGAGCGAAAGACAUUAAAACGGGAGACCUGGUUGCAAUCAAGAUCAUCCGCAAUGACGAGAUACUGCGCAAAGCUGGUGUCCGGGAAAUCGAGAUGCUGGAGAAGCUGAUUGAAAACGACCCAGAGGACAGAAGACAUGUCAUUCGCCUCCAGAGACAGUUUGACCACAAGCAUCAUCUAUGCAUGGUUUUCGAGCACCUUAGCAUCAACCUUCGAGAAGUCCUGAAGAAAUUUGGUCGGGACGUAGGGCUUCAUCUGAAAGCCGUCAGAUCAUAUGCCCAGCAAAUGUUCAUCGCCCUGAGUCUAUUCCGGAAGUGUAACAUUGUUCAUGCGGAUAUCAAGCCAGACAACAUGUUGGUCAACGAGAAUCGUACAACCCUCAAAAUCUGCGAUCUCGGUUCUGCCACCGACAUCUCCGAGUGCGAGGUUCCUGCUGGCUUGCUUGUGAGUCGGUUCUAUCGCGCCCCAGAGGUUAUGUUAGGCAUACCUCAUGACUACGGUAUUGAUACAUGGGCCAUUGGUUGCACCUUGUUCGAGCUCUAUACCGGCAAGAUACUCUUUACUGGCCGGGAUAACAACCAGAUGCUCCGGUCCAUCCAAGAGUGUCGCGGUAGGGUCAGUGUGAAACUACUGAAGAAAGGCUGGGCCGAGUACGUCUACGAACACUUUGAUGAGAAUCUCGCCCUGUUCAGGAGCGUCGAACCCGACAAGAUCACUGGAAAAGACGUCACCCGCAUGAUCAACAUUGUUAAGCCGUCGCGCGACCUGAAGACUCGUUUGAUUGGCAGCACCAAGGGUCUUAGUGAGGCCGAGCUCAAGGAGAUCAAUCUCUUCUACGAUCUCUUAGACAAGUGUCUUGCGCUCAACCCGGAAAAGCGCAUCACGCCGACCGAUGCUCUGAAGCACCCGUUCAUCCACCGUACAAAGAUCUGAGAGACGCUCUUCCUUAUCCACGGCUCAGCACGCUCCUUUCUCCAAUUACCUCCAUCGUCUGAGCCCGAGAGACGGCAGUAUCAAUAUGAUAGGACGAUAAUGAAUGUUCCGGUAGGGUUGGGUUGGGUUGGGGUUUGGCGUAGGCAACCAAUCGACGAGGACAUAAGUAGAUUACAUACAGAUCGCAGCUCAACAUCAUUAGGAUGGCCGCCGCAUUCUUGCUUGGAGCAGUAGUUAUCGUCUGGCUAUUCUCAAUUGUAUAUCACUAUCUGGAUUGACC